GGACAAUACUCCAGCUGGCGACAUGAAAAUACUAAUGGGAGACAUAAACGCCAAACUGGGACCAGAUAACACAGGAAGGGAACUCAUCAUAAGUAGAGAAGCUCUUUGAGAAAUGAAAGAAAACGGAGAACUCUUCGCCGACUUCUGCACCUUCAACGAACUAGUGAUUGGUGGCAGUGUAUACAAGCACAAAGAUAUCCACAAGGCUACAUGGGUGUCACCAGACGGGCAAACCAAAAACCAAAUCGACUUCAUCUCAAUGCUGCUCAAGGAAGUGGAGGCGCAGCCUACUGGACACAAAAGCAAGAAGAGGAGAAGACGUUGGCUCAGACCACUAUCUCGUACAAGGGACAAUCCAAAUCAAACUAAAAGCUUUCAGGGAAUCAGGAGCUGCAGAUAGACCACAAGCCAAGUUCAACACUCAAAAGCUGAAGGACCAGGCUACAAAGGACAUCUUCAUUGCAAGCAUAAAGGACAAAGCCGAGACACAAAUCAACACCAGCGAAAAGGUCAGCGUCGAAAAGCACUGGAA